AUGGAUACAGCUUCAUCGUUACAUCAUGUUACUGAACUUGAUGCUGAUAUUCGUUUCGGCAUCGAUGAUUAUAUUCGAACGGAAAUGAAAAAGCAAAAGAUUCCAGGUCUUUCACUUGCCAUAAUACGAAAUAAUCAUAUUGUCUAUGGUCAAUGUUAUGGUUAUUCGAAUAUUGAACAUAAAGUGUCUGUCAAACUUGAAACCAUGUUUCAAUCGGGUUCAAUGGGCAAACAGUUUACAGCAAUGGCUAUAAUGAUAUUAGUUGAAAGAGGAGAAAUUGAAUUGGAUUCACUUAUUAAGGAAUAUAUUGAGGAUAUACCAAAGGAAUGGAAACAUAUUACUGUUCGACAUCUUUUAACACACACUGCUGGUAUGUCAGACUACCCUGAUGAUUUCAAUUAUCGUUAA